AUAACAAGUUUAAAAGAAACAGUAAUCACAGAUUUCGGGUUGAUAUUAUUUAAAAAAUAAAUUACUUUGUUGUGGAAAAUCGUAUAUUGUGUAAUUUUAUGACAUUAUAAUGAAAUAAUAAAAACUUUAAAAUAUCUCAGAAACCAUUUAGUAACAAAUAUAUUAGUCCAUUAAAAGCACUAAAAUCAUUGAAAUAUCUAAAAAGUGGUAAGGUAUCGACGUUUUCUAUAGAUGAUAGUGAAAAAUGACAUCAACUAAAAAGCAUGUUUAUAAAACUACUCAUGAAGACGAUUCAGACACCCUAUUGUCUCCAUGCUUUAAAAUUAAUUCUGACGUGGCCUUAAAGGAAAAUCCAACAACAGGUGAAGAAUACCUACUAAAAGUAAUGAAAGAAAGAGAGAAUUAUUCUACUGUAACAAAAUGUAACAAGGACUUUUCCAAGUUUGCUCAAAAUCAGUCGUGUUUUGUUAAAGAGCUGCCACAUGCUAAAGCACCAGAUAAUCUAAAACCAACAAUAGAAUGGCAAAAUAUUCAAGUAGCAGACUUUUCAGAUGUUCGAAUGUAUGUAUCACGGUUGCUAUUAAAAAAGUCAUUAUGGCCCAGUGAUGUAAGAAAGCUAGACCUUGAUCCAAAUAAUAUUAUUGCUUGGAAAAAUUUAUUUGAAAGAGAUCCAAAAUUAUCAUACGUUCUAGGCUUACACAAUGCUAUGUUAGACCGUGGUUUAGAAAUACUAAUUGAAAUACUUGAUGGCGUAAAACCUGGUAGCACAAUUAAUCAUAAAACAGGUCAGUGGAUUUAUGCAUUUCUUGCUUGCACAAGACAGCCUCUUCUCUCGGACACAACUAGUAUUUUAAGGAGUUUAGCUAGAAAAUGUGGAGAAAUAAGAUCACAUCUUAAUCCAGAAGAUGAAAGUUCAAUAACAGCUGCAGUACCAUUGAAUAUAUUUAUAUGCCUUGUGUCCCGAUACUUCAGGCAGUAUGAUUUAGCUGAUUGAUAAGAAUUAUUGUAAGCAAUAAACAUUUAAUGAUAAAAAAUUAUCAGAACUUGUUCCGAAAUUAUACACUUAUGACAACAUUUUAUGCUGACUGAAAUAAAAACACAUUUUAUAAGUAUAUAUUUAAAAGUA